CGACGCGAAGCGUCACGACGCUCCAGACGUUGAGAUACGCGCACCACGGAAAAUGUGACCGAGCGUCGUCGUAUCGAUACCUCGCCGCCGGAGUCUCUAUUUCUGCGCCCGUCUCUCCCAAGUGACACCUGCUCCGAAAGCGAAAUUGUCAGAGGACACGACUGACAUAAUUCCUACGACGCGCGCUGACUCGAUUCGGCGUUUGUGAUAUCCGUGAGCAGCUGACACACGCGUGUGUCAGGACUCAUCGCGAUAUGAACAUGUAAACUAGGACACGCUAAUCGGAAUUUAAUCAAGCAAAAGUGAUUUCUACGCGUAUUUAUUGAUACAUAUACAAUAUAACAUUGACCGUAGUGUACCAGUGUGCAGUGUUAUUACUGUCGAUUGUCGACUGAAUUUUAUUGCCGUGAUGAAGCUGCACGAGAAAAAAGAAUCAGGCAUCCACAGGGUGCAGGAGGUGCCUCUCGAGGAGCUGGACUUGUCAAAAGAGUACGAUGUAGAAAAAACUUUGGGCGAAGGCAGUUUUGCGAAAGUUCUACUAGCAACGCACAGGGCUACUCAGACAAGAGUGGUCUUGAAAGCGGUUCAUCAAGAACUUACGUCGGAGAAGGAUUUCUUUCGGGAAUUUCAUUACUCGUACCACCUGAGCCCGCAUCCCAAUAUACUCUGCUCGUAUGCUGUCGCCUUUAAAGCGGAGAAAUGUUUCGUUUUCGCGCAGGAAUAUGCGCCCUACGGCGACCUCGCCGGUAAUGUAAAGGCCGGUGGACUCAGCGAGGAUGCCUGCAAAAGAAUCGCCGGCCAGCUUGCCUCGGCGCUUGACUUUAUUCAUUCAAAGCAGCUGGCUCAUCGCGAUAUCAAGUUGGAGAACGUGUUGGUGUUUGCACAGGACAUGAGCAAGGUGAAGCUGUGCGACUUUGGCUGCACAAAGCGCGAGGGUACCCUCGUGAACAAGAUUCGUUGCACCUGGAUACCAUUCCAACCACCUGAGAUUCACGACGUCAUCAAGAACGAGAGGUACGCUUGCAAGAGGAGCUCGGACUGUUGGCAGUUUGGCAUCGUUCUCUUUGUUUGCCUGACUGGCAAUCCACCGUGGCAGAGCGCCGACCUAAUCCAAGACCCAGAUUAUUCGGCCUUCCAACGAUGGCUGAAACGACGCACCACCAAAAUUCCGCCGACUUUCCGCCGCUUCACCCCUAGACUACUCCGAUACUUCAGACGAGCGUUUGAGCACAAGCCAGAGAAGAGGCCUCACGUGACCGAGAUCAACAAGUACCUAAAGGACUCGUGGUGCAUCAGCAAGCUCAGCCACAGCGCGACGUCAACGUCGGUCGACGUUAGCGAGAGUCUCGCCAAACGAGGCGACAGCUUGUUGUAUCUCGACACCAUCCUAGACGACCGGCACAACGUGGACGAGAACAAGAACAAGCUGAGGAAAUUGCUCAACAGCUACGGCUUGGAGACGACAGUGGACCAGAAGGUUGUCACCAAGAGGAUAUGGGAAUGGGUGAUGCAGUGCGAUUCCAACAUGGACACAGAGUCGGGUCUGAUUGGCAGUUUCAGCACGGAGGACAUGUGAGAAAUAGUGAGAACCUGCAGCGAGCCGUGCCUUCGGGUCACCCAGGAAGAACCGAUCAAAUUCCGAAUGGGCAGCUUUUACAUGCCGACUUCGUACAAAUGUGCCAAAUAAUUGGCAAGAGAGAGUUCUAGCCGAGAGAGAGAGAGAGAGAGAGAGAGAG